UAGUUCUAAUCAUGUAAUUUUACCUUUUGAGCAAAUUCAAACAUUGUGUUCUUGUAAUAUCAGGUAAUACUUGCAUAAAAACGAAGAUAAAGGCUCAGCUGCAAGAUGUGGUGUUGGCAGAUUUGUCAGAAGAUUCUCUUGGGUCCCAGUCAUCAGUCUGCAGCAUCCUUAUAAUGUUCCUGGGAAGAUGGGUGUUUGGCUUGAUUACAAUAUCUCUAUGCAGGGGGAGUCAGUAUGAUAAUGGCGGAGACAAGAAUUCGCUUACUAGUGUAAUUGCAAGUGAAAAUACGACAAUGAGACUUGAGGUCAUUGAAGGAACACCUAAUUAUAGGCUCAUAAAGACGGAGAAAAGCACACAGUGGUUUCCAGAGCGUGAGAUAAAGCUAGAUAGCUGUGUGAGAAGAGCAAAGUGCGAGCCGCUCAAUAAGACAACAUGCCUAGGGGCAAAAUUACCCUACAACAGUACAAGUGUACACCUUACAUUCUAUGAUAGCCAGUACCAAAUACAAAGCCAGUUAGAACUGUACAGGGAACUAAUCAAUGUGCCAAAAUGUUGGGCAGUGGUGCAGCCUUUACUUUGCGCCACUUUCAUGCCAAACUGCGAACAAGUACUAGGUCAGGACAUGGUGUAUUUGCCUUCCUACGAAAUGUGCAAGAUCACAAUGGAACCGUGUGCCAUAUUGUAUAACACAUCAUACUUUCCGUAUUUUUUGAAAUGUAACGCCACUUUAUUUCCGCCCAAGUGUGAAAAUGUAGCAAGAGAGAUGAAAUUUAACACAACUGGAAAAUGUUUACCGCCUCUUAUUCAUGCUGACAAGGCCCCGCAUUUUUAUGAAGGAAUAUCAGGGUGUGGUCUGCCUUGCCGUGAUCCUUUAUACACGGAAGACGAGCACCAACAGAUCCACCGGCUAGUGGCGUGGGGAGCAGGCGUGUGCCUCGCACUGAACCUGCUAACUGUGGCCACUUUCCUCAUAGACUGGCGGAGCGCUAACAAAUAUCCCGCGCUAGUCAUCUUCUAUAUCAACGUGUGCUUUGCUGUAGCUUCCAUGGGGUGGUUAGUACAAUUUGGCGUAGGAUCAAGGGACGAUAUCGUGUGUUCAAAAGACGGCACUAGACGACAAGGAGAACCCUCAGCCGAAGAGAAUUUAUCUUGCGUCGUUGUUUUUGUAUUGGUAUAUUACUUCAUGAUCGCAGCCUGCGUUUGGUUUGUGAUAUUCACAUACGCGUGGCACAUGAGCUUCCGAGCAUUGGGUAAAAUUCAAGACAGGAUAGACAAGAAAGCGGCAUACUUUCACUUAGUAGCAUGGUCUCUCCCAUUGAUCCUCACCAUCACAACCAUGGCGUUUGGAGAAGUGGAUGGAAACAGCGUGACAGGGGUUUGCUUUGUGGGCUACGUCAACCAUCCCAUGAGAGCUGCUUUGUUAUUAGCACCGCUAUCUGUUGUGCUGCUAUUGGGAGGAUAUUUUCUGCUAAGAGGUGUAUUUUCUUUGAUAGCAGUGCGAGUUUCGAGCAAGGACGUGAUAUCGCCGCGCGCCGCGAACAAAAUCCGCCAGACUAUCACACGGUGCUCGCUCACUGCGGCGCUGGUGGCCGUGUUCAUCUGCGUCACCUUCGCCUGCCAUGUCUACGAGUUCCGCAACGCCGAGUCUUGGAAGGAGGCUUUCAAGAAGAACAUUAUCUGUCGGCUCGAAGGGCUGAAGGAGGGCGGUCGUGAGUGCGCGCCGGGCGCGCGUCCUUCGGUGUCGGUGCUGCAGCUGCGGCUGCUGUGCUGCUUCGCGGCCGGCGCGCUCAUGGCGUCGUGGACGUGGACGCCCGCCGCCGCGGCCGCUUGGCGGCGGUACAUGGCCAAAAAGUGUGGCUGCUCUGUAGAAGCGGACGUAACCCGGCGCGCGCGCAAGCACGAGCUGAUCGCGCGCGCGUACAAGCGACGCAACGAGUUCAUUACACGCGGACGACUCUCCAUAUCGCUGGGCGGCUCCAGGCAAGACCCUGUGGGGUUCUGCCUCGACAACACAUCUCCUAUCGACUACCCAGAGGACGCCAAACACGAAAGAUCACUCCAGCCAACCAAGCUCACUCCAGAAUCCCAUGUCGGCGAGGACUUCAGGAAGUAUGGCUUGGGAGCCAAUGCAGGCUUCUCGUUGGACAGAUGCAUCGCUAAAAAGCACGGCUCGCUGUCGUCGUCGUGGGCCGCCAACCUGCCGCGCUUCGUGCGGCGCCGCGACGCGCUGGUGCUGCCGCCGCACACGCACCACUCGCACCAUUCGCACCACUCCCUCAGCUCCACGCCCGACCGCCGCAACUCGCAGGAUUCUCAGAUCAGCAUCAGUCUACGCCACGUGUCUGUAGAAUCUCGUCGCAAUUCUCUCGAUAGCCAGCUCUCUGUUAAGAUAGCGGAGAUGAAGACCAAAGUGGGCCGCCGCCGCGCCAAACACAGCAAGGCGAAGAGGAAGCGCGCCUCGGCGAGGAAGGAGAGCACCCCGUCCAUUGAGAGCCAGAUCAGCCGAUACCUGCUCCAGACUGUGGCGGCCAACAACGACCCUUCGCGCGAGGAAGUUAAGUUCAGCUUUGAUUGAACGACCUUUUUUCCUUCUUAAAAGAUGUUUCGAGGAUGGUUACUUUGACUUAGGUAAAUGAUAUAUUUUACGAAUAGGCACGUAAGCUCGUUUGUAUUAAUCUAAUAACGUUUUUUCGUUUAUUAUAAUGUGCAAAUUCUUUCAACAUCUGAUUUAAGAUUGUUAUGGUGGUUAUAUUUUGAGGAAAUGAUUAAAAGAGGAGCUUACAAAGUCAUUAUAUAUCCAUGAAAAUAAUAAUUUAUUCCCUCUGAAUAUAUUUGUUAUUUAGACGAUUUACUUUAAUGUUACCUGAAUAAGAUAUAUUUUACAAUCCAAACGUACAUAUUUUUUGAUUCAGCUGUAAACAAAAUGAAGUCAAAGUGUUACUUUUUCUGACAGAUUUUUUUGUGUGACUCAUAUCUUGUCCGAAAUGUAGCAUACUUUAUCUAAGAUGCAUUUCUUCUAAAGCCUAGCAUUUUUAUAAUAUACUACUAAGCAUUUAAUUGAGUGUUCAUUUUAUAAAUUUAUUUGUUUUACAAUAUUUUCAUAGGCAUAUAAAAAUGUAACAUGAAAUUUCACAUGCGCUAUUUUGAAUAUGCAAUUUUGAUAUAAUGACAUAUCUUUUUUGACUGAUCUCGAUUUUUUGACUACAUGUUUACAGAAAAAUUUUUACAGCCCCAACUAUUUUAUUGAUACAUGGAAUAUACUUACAGAGUGUUGUGUAAAUAUUAUAAAUUGAUGUAGUUUUAAUAUUUUUUAAUAUGCGUGUUUUUUGUAUUAAUGAAAUCAUGGAUAUUUUGUAUGUAAGUACAGUUCAAAGCGAAUUAUUACUAUUCCCAAAGUUAAAAUAUACAUUGACUGUAAAAUGAGUGAGUUUAUAGUUCUAAGUUACUUCGUCGGAUUGUUUUUGAUCGAUGUUUGAUAGUAAGUUAAAAUAAACGUUUUAUGAUUUCUAAAUAUAAAGACUGAUCAGAUUCUCUACUGCAAGAAAACCAUGACAGCUAUUUUUAUGACCUAGAAAUGAUAUUGUUAUUACAUUAUACAAAAUAUAAUGUGCCAUAUUAUAUUCAAUAGUAAUUUAGUAGGUUUUGUACAAUUUGUUAAGCUGCGUACAGAUUAGACCCGUGGAUAGAUUAGAUAUUAAGACUUUGACAUUUAAGUAAUUCUCGCUUGACAUCAUCUUAUUACAAUAGUCGUUCGUUUGAUUUUUAUGUACACGAUUUGCAUGUGCGCAAUUAAUAAAAU